UUGUCUAGAACGCUCUCUCAGGGCUAUUUCUUUCAGCAAGGAAAACUUCAGUGCAAAUCUGAUGAGUUUAACAUACAAAUUACAUUGAAAGAUGGGCAAAGUUACACAGUCUCUCGUCCAAAAAAGAGGCCGGUUCGAGUUCUCUUUGGAAAUCAUUAUAUUGUCAACCUUCUCGGUGUUCCUGCUGCGAUAUUGGAUAAUGUGAUAUUCUGCCAUCAGGAAGAUUCGAAUUGGCCUCUCAGCGAACCGAAGGAAUUGAAAUUGAGAUUUGACCGGAUUUUCCGGUUGACUAGAUUUGUCAAGGCUAUGGAAGUCAUGAAAAAAAUGAAAAAAGAUUACCAAGGAAAACUUCAGUGCAAAUCUGAUGAGUUUAACAUACAAAUUACAUUGAAAGAUGGGCAAGUUCACAGUCUCUCGUCCAAAAUUGUCAACCUUCUCGGUGUUCCUGCUGCGAUAUUGGAUAAUGUGAUAUUCUGCCAUCAGGAAGAUUCGAAUUGGCCUCUCAGCGAACCGAAGGAAUUGAAAUUGAGAUUUGACCGGAUUUUCCGGUUGACUAGAUUUGUCAAGGCUAUGGAAGUCAUGAAAAAAAUGAAAAAAGAUUACGAAGGUCAACUGGCAGCUCUUCUCGAAAAACAGUCUUGCAAAGAGAUGGUGGUCAAGUCCAAGAUCAAGUACGUGCACCAACGAGAUUCAUGCAAUGCUUUACGUAAGGAGUCUAAAGAAAAGAUCCGUGAUUUGGAUGCCAAAAUAAAGGUGUGCACUGAGAUCAUAGAGAAAUCCAAUAAGAAACUGCUAGAAAUGGAAGAAUUGGAGAGAAAAGCAGAAAUAAAGAAGGCAGAAUUGCGAAUGUUGAGCGAGCAGCUCUGCACAAUUAAAGUUGCCCCAUAUCCGGGUACUGAAAAGGAAUUGCGUGCUGAGAUACAUGAGAAGCAGCUCAAGAAAGCCUUCUGGGGAAGCGUGCCGGUUUGGCGUGCUAAUCACACUGUAUUUUGUAAAUUGGAGUCGUAG